GAUAAAUAAAUAAAUCAACCAAAAAUGAUCAGAAUCAACUCGAGUUUUUUUUUAUAUACCUGCCUUCCUUUCGGUGUUCAACCUUUUCUAAAAGUUAUAAAAUCUACAUUAUAAUUAACUAAAUAAGUCAUAUUACUUAAAUAAAUUAACCGUAUUAACUUAAAAAAGCAUACGUUGUAUGUGGAGGUGUUUGGGAGUGUGUCUCUAAAUUCACAAUACUUUUCAAUGAAGAAUGGACAAUUCACAAAUUUCCAGCAGCCCCAGCAUACUGGUUCCAGAAUCACCGGAAAGCAGUACCCCUAGCUCCCCUGAAAGCCCUGCCCUCCAGUCGGGCUAUCAGCCCUCGGAAACGUUUACAGAACCAGACAUCAACGAGGACAAUUCACAGGUUGUGGUAGCAGAUGAUUUCCCAGAAGUGGGUGAAGCAGUCUGGUGUCCAGGCAGAUUGUAUGACAAUGCUGACUUAGCCUAUGAAAGCAACAUGACCAGCAACCCAGCACAAGAGACUUUGUCAAAUGACAGCAACCAAUCACAGCCAGUUUCAUCAAUCCAGGAGCCCUGGAGACCCAAUCUAGGUGUCAUUAACAAUGACACUGAGUCAAAUGAUGACGCCCGCUCACCAGUCUCUGAACCCUUAUCAGUCUCUCCACUAAUAGAGGAGCCCUGGAGGGGUGCCCCAGAUAUCAGUGAAGAGGCUUCGUCAAGAGACAGCGACCAAUCACAGCCGGUUUCACCAAUCCAAGGGCCCUGGAGACCCAGCCUAGAUGUCAUUAACGAAGACACUGAGUCAAAUGAUGUCGCCCGCUCACCAGUCUCUGAACCCUUAUCAGUCUCUCCACUAAUAGGGGAGCCCUGGAGGGGUGUCCCAGAUAUCAGUGAAGAGGCUCUGCCAAAUGACAGCAACCAAUCACAGCUAAUCCAAGGGCCCUGGAGACCCAACCUAAAUGUAAUUAACGAAAACACUCUGUCAAAUGGUAACGCCCGCUCACCAGUCCCUGAACCCUUAUCAGUCUCUCCACCAAUAGAGGGGCCGUGGAGACCCGUUGUAGAGGGCAGCAGUGAGGAGGCUCAUCGCUCUGAUAAAAGGAGUAAAGAUGCUGAAGGAUGUGAGGAGCCACCGACUAAAGUCAGAAAAUUGGAUACCUCAGUACAGGAAGAUGGUGAAACAUGUCCCAUAUGCCUGGACUCGUGGAGCAAUUCCGGGCCGCACAGGCUGGUGGCCCUCAAGUGCGGGCACCUGUUCGGCGCGCAGUGCGUGGAGCGAUGGCUGCGCGCGCAGCCGGCGAGGGAGCGGCGCUGUCCGUCGUGCAAGAGUAAAGCCACAAUCAAGGACAUGCGGUUCAUCUACGCCAAGAAGCUGGUGGCGGCGGACGCCUCGCAGAUCACGGCACUGCAGGCGCAGCUAGAGAUACUGCAGCAGGAGAAGAAUCGCACGGAACAUGAACUCCAGAAGUCAAGAAUAGCGCACCGGUCAUGCAUGUUACAGCUGGAAGAUCUACGCAAGUCAUUGUUGAAGACAAACAAGGAGCAACCGGUGCGCAAGACCUGGAGAUUUGCCCUCGAGAAGAAUCUAGAGGUCAACAGGGACGGUGGAUGCAGGGUCAUGACCUACGACUGCAGGACCUACGAGCUGUACGUCUCACAGAAGAGCACCAACCCCCUGUUCCCCGGGUAUGGCAUCCGGAAAGUCAGUUGUGUGGACUACACGUUGGGCCAGUUCCUACAUUUACACCCGAAGCCUAUACGAGACAUAACGUAUUCCCAACCGAGAGACCUGUUACUGUCCGUCGGUUUAGACAAUACAGCACGGAUUGUUGAGAGAGGGAUACUUCGUUCAACAAUCCAAUGCGGAGUACCAUUGUGGUCGUGUACUUGGGAUUGUAUGAGGGGCGGUCAGUUUUAUGUGGGUGGAACCGGUGGUGUCAUCCAACACUACGAUACCAGGAACAGUGGAAGGUGCUUGGAAAAGUUUACAAUUGGAACGGACUUGUCUCCUGUAGUGUCAUUAGUGUCAACAGAGCAUGGACUGCUGUCGUGCCAGCUGAACAGCUGUUGGCUGUGGACGUGGAACUCGAGGCAGUGGGACAAGAAAAGUUUGCCCGUGGAAGGGCCGUUUAUGUCGUUGUGUUAUGACAAAGAGAGUCAUAGGGUGUUAGUGUCGGGUCGGGCGGGUGCGGAGCGCGCGAAACUGCAUUUGUGUAAAGUGAAAAGUGGGUACAGUGACGUUGUGGAGUACGAGCAGGUGUUCUCGGGGUCCGCUCGCACGAGCGUGAUGUGUCGGAGUGCGUUCGUGAAGGUGCCGGGGUCGAUGUGGGUGGCUUCACACUCGGAGAGCGACUCGUCGCUGGACCUGUACGGGCUGGACGGGUGCAGGAGCAUGCGGCUGCCGGCGUCGGAGCCCGCUGUGGCGGUGUGCGCGGCGCACGGCGGCACCGACACGCUGGUGGCGUCGCUGUCCGAGGCGCGCCUGCGGCUGUACCGCGCGCAGCCCAGCAGUUGACGGUGACUUAAGAGCCAAUGGACACGAUGCGUUGCAGCGCCUUACCGCAAUUGAUAUAUCGCAUGGCGUAUCACGGCGCCGCAACUCACACGUUGUCAUCAGACGUAUUCCUUUUCUUGUCUUGAUCUAAUUAAAUAAGAUACUCGAUAACAAUAUCGUUUUCGUUGGCAUCGGCACGCAUUUUUUUUAACCCAGACUAAAAAGGAACAAAAAAAUUGGAAACAAGCAAUGCCCGCCUCAUCUCGCAGGUUGCAAGCCCAGUGUGCGUGUGGUGUAGGACCCUUUCACAAUAACUGCUGUGCGAUAUCGCAAGCACGACGUCAAAUUUCCAGUGAUUAGCAUGUAUCUAGAUAGUUAAAUCCCCACGAUGCGUUGUGCGUUGUCUAAAAUUUUACGAUGCGGCGUCGCACCAUAAGUCUUGUGAAUGGAUGUUUGUAUGUAAAACGCCGCUGCGGCGCCGCGCCGCUGCCGCAACGCAUCGUGUGUAUCGACUGACGGUGAAGCAGAUUGUUUACAUACACUCAUCUAAUGCCCUCAUCAUUUGCAAGCGGGGCAUUUUUACAUGACUGCCAAAGUGUAAUGUUUUCAGGGUUUAUGUAUGUAUGUAUUUGAAUAAGAUGUGAGUAUUUGUUCCACCAUAACCAAGAUAAUCCUCUAUAGGCCUGCAUACAUUAGAGGACGGGAUGGCAGAGGAUUUUAAAUUUAUCAAUGGGGAUGAUGCCUAUACCAAAAAUAAAUUAUUUCCUUGUAGUAAUUAAAUAGAGGGUGUUCCAAAACUCGUAAAACCCACAUUCACUGCUAGUUUUAAGUUUGCUAACCAUUUUUAAAUUAUCAAUUUAACUAAAAAGUCCGUCAAAUUACGUCAAAUGUGUACGACGUCACAUCUGUGUAUUUCAUACAAGCUCCCAUACUAAGCGAGCGUUUUGACGUUUGGUAAAAAGUCGCUGAUUUGACUAGUAGUCAUCAUCCCUAUUGAAUUUAGUAUUUAUCCAAUGGAAAUAAAAUAUAUAUUUCAACGCUCGGAGAUUGACCUAGGAGCAUCGCAACACAGUUUUCUCUGGAAAAACGAGCAUUCAAAUAAAUCUCAUAUAACUUAUGAGCUGUCUGAAAGUGUUGCUAGGUGUUAGCUUUUGUUAACACGGCUGUAUUAGAAACUAAUAUUAUAAAUGGGAAAUGCGAGAGUGUGUCUGUCGGAAGAAAAUAAAAGAAUACCCACCGAAACCUAAAUUCAUGCGGACGCGGGCCCGUCGUCUCAUCAGUUCAUUCCAUUUCAUCCAUGUUGAUAACUUUUUCGUACAGUACUCGGCAGGAAAUAUUGUACAUCGAGCUUUAGAAAGAGAUAUCGGCGUCGUAUGAGUGACAGAGACAACCUAUGUCACUCAUACCUACAGUACGCGACAGAUCGAGAUGGCAAUCCCCCGCGCUAACUCGGUGCGGGACAGCACAAGUGGUGUGCAGGCGUCUCCCCGCUUCAGACUCCGAUUGCCAUCUCAACCUGUCGCGUAACUAAGUGACGUUUCGUCGGUCUCAACGACAGAGACAACGCUCUACGAAACCGUUCUCUUUCUAAAGUUCGAUAUUUCCCGCUGCGCA